UGUGCGUGACGAAAAUCACAAUGAGUGUAAAAAGUUUUAUGAUAGCACGAUCUUCUGAUGUAAAUGUAGAACAAAUUCUACUGAAGCCAACGUUUUACAAUAUGAUUGACUGAAUUACGUGUUUUUUGAAGACACCUAUUAUGGAUUCUUUUAUAGAAAAAGUUAAACUAUAUCCCUGUUUGUGGGAUACGAGCCAUGUAUCUUAUAGGGAUACCGCAAAAAAGGAUUUGGUAUGGCAACAUGUAGCCCGGGAAUGUGGAAUAACAAGUGGUAAAGAAGCUCAAUGUCAAUGGAAGAAGUUACGAGACAGCCAUAGAGAAGCUAUGCGACGCCGCAAAACCUCCACAGCCCAAAAUUGGAGGCCUUGGAAAUAUGAGACGGAGAUGGGAUUCUUACUGUUGCAGAAUGUAAAAAGACCGACCUUUUUAAAUGAUACACAAGAUAGUACUUAUGAUGCUCUAAACACUACAGAAAACCCUAUCAAUAAUACUAUUAAAGAAUCUCCCCCAGAAUCUCCUCCUCUAUCAGAAUAUUCACUUCCAACAGAAGAGAAUAUGAACCACUGCGUUUUACACCCAACAUCAUCUACAGAAUCAGAAAACAGCAACCAAAAGAGACUUGUGACUGAAAGUAUUACUGAUAUUUUCCAGGAAAGAGAACUAAGACAGAUUCAUAAAGAUGAGCUAAGGAGACAAGUUAUUGAUAUGCAUCACUGUCCACAAGAUGCGCUAUCAAAAUUAUUUGAUAGUUUAUGUCAAAAGACACGCGAACUACCAAAGUACUUGCAACUGAGAGUAGAGAGAGAAAUAUUUGAAGCAGUGAGCCGUGCUGAAGAGGAAGCUCUGUCUAUGGGAGAGCAUAAGUUUUGACUUCUAAAUAAAACAAUCAGUUUAGUUAAAUUAUAAUCUUAAAUUUGAUGAAUGGUUUGAACUAAAAUGAAUGAAGUGUGUACAUGAGUGACGUAAAAUCAUGGACAAUACAACCCUUCGGAGAAUGAAAAGCACAACUAACAAGUCCAAAAUUCGGAUGUAUGAAUUUAAGAGGACCCCCCACACUAGCAUCUUUCGAACGCCAGCGUCUUGCCAACAUACGCACGGUAUCGACACGAAGUCUGCGCUACCGCGACGCGACGGUAAGCGAGCGGGGCAUAUACCCGACGUUUGGCCCUAUUCAGCAGUCGCUCAGUGCUGGCAUUGCGUCCACAAAUUAGGUCACGACAGCGUGGACAUGACGUGCAUGCAUGGCAAAACGCUGCAGGUCGAAAGGCGCUAGUGUAGGGGUCUCUAAAAAUAAUUUUAUAGGUUUUUCUGAUAAAUAUGAUCAAAAUCUACCUGUAAUAUUAAGUUGUUUAUUUAUGUUAUAUACACAGAUAUAUUUUGUACAGAACUUCUUUUAUAUAUUAUAAUCUGCCGUUUAUAAAACACCCAAAUUUUCUGUUUUAAAAAUAUUAUUGCACUUAAAAGCAGAAGAAACUUAAAUGUGACUUAAUAGUUGACUUAUAAUAGAACUAGAGGGCACAAUUACAGUCAGCUGUGCUUUUUUUUAGUUAUUUAAGAGCAGUUACACACAGCGACUUCUAGCAGUGCGUUGCAGCGAUUCAGUCGCUAAUAGUCUACCUUUACACAGAAACACUCGACUUAAACAGCGAUGCAAACGUGGUACACGUUUUUAAUGAUUCAACUCGAUUGCAUCGAUGCAACUUCCUACAAAUCCUUAACGUCGCGAUGCAAACGCGCGUUUCGCGAACUGGCGUCUGUCGCCGUGUGUAACCGCUUUAAGAAUAAUAUUGUAAUUGAACUACAUAUAUUAAGGGCACAAUUCCGUACAUUACUAAGUACUCGUAAAAACCUUUGGUAUUCGCGUUUUUAACGUAAUAA